CGACGGACGAGCAUGGGCAACGAAGCGUCGCAGAUGGGGGGCAACGCGCUCGACAUGUCGUCCCGGAAUCUCAGCAGCACCUGCCUCGCAGGCAUGGACGAGCCUAGCGCCGGCCUCCGCUCGGCGCCCUUCCUCUCGGAGACGAGCUACGACGCGAGCCGCGCCGAGAACCUCGAGUCGCUCGACCUCCAGAGCGGCUUUGAGUGGGAAGGCUUCGUCUCCAAGAAGGGCCAUCUCGUGCGCAACUGGAAGCUGCGCUACUUUACGCUCGAGUCGAAUUUGCUGUCGUACUAUGAGAGCAAGGAAGACGCGCGGAAGCGGCGCCACCUCAAGGGCCGCGUGCACCUCACACGCGUCCAGAUCAUCGAGGGCAAGAGCGCGCAUGGCUACGACUUUACCUUUGACACACAAGAAGGCAAGCCGUUCCACGUCUCGACGACGACCGAGCUCGACCAAAUCGCGUGGGUCAAGGUCAUGCAGGCGGGCAUUGACUGGUUCAACCUCAACAACGCCGGCCAGUCCAUCUACGGCAGCUCGCUUCUCUCCAAGACGCCGUUUUGCAACGCGGAGACGCUCUACUCGCUCUACCGGCGCGUCCUCUCGAACGAACCGAACCUCGUGGACGAGUUCCUCGCCUACUUCAACAAAGACCUCGUCUUCUCGUCCUACUACCCGCGCAAGUUUCCGUUCCACGGCGACUUUUUCGGCCGCGAAGGCAUCCUCUUCUUCCUCAGCACGUUCCGCGAGAGCAUGGACAUCCUCGAGUUCACCAUCAGCGACGUCACCAUGGAGCGCGACGGCAAGGUCGCGACCAUCAAGGGCCACGAGAAGCUCCGGUCCAAGCAGAACGGCGCCGACGUUGUCCAGCCGUGGGUCCACCGCAUCCGGUUUGGUCCGUACGGCAAGAUCAUUCGGCUCAAGAUUGAAAUCGACACCAAGAUGGCCAAAGGCAACUGGAACGCACUCGGCAUGCAGACCAUCUACUCGGAAGAGGUCAUUGCGGCCAUGCGCUCGACGCGCGCGCUCUCGAUCUCGCUCCAGGACUUUACCGUCUACAACGUCAUCGGCAAGGGUGGGUUUGGCACAGUCGUGAGCGCGGUCAAGAAGAGCGACGGCCAGAUUUACGCGCUCAAGAUCCUCGAAAAAGGCAAAAUGACCAAGUACGACAUCGAGUCGUCGUUCACCGAGAUGCGCGUGGCCCAAAACAUCCACCAUCCGUUCAUUGCGGGCCUGCGCAUCGCGUUCCAGUCGCAGACCAAGCUCUUCCUCGGCAUGCACUACUACAACGGCGGCGAUCUCUUCCACCACAUGUCCAAGGGCUCGAGUUCGCGCAUCUCGGCCGCGCGGGCCAAGUUUUACACGGCCGAGCUCGUCCUUGGCAUUCAUCACUUGCACCAGCACGACAUUCUGUACCGAGACAUUAAGCCCGAAAACGUCAUGAUUGACGCCGACGGCCACAUUGCGCUCGUGGACUUUGGCCUCGCCAAGCUGCACGUGUCGGAGUUUAAAGGCGCCAAGACGAUGGCCGGCUCGCCGCAGUACACGGCGCCGGAGCUGCUCUUGCCAAAGGCGAAGCGGUCGUACGGCAAGGCGGCCGAUUGGUGGAGUCUCGGCAUCCUCCUCUACGAAAUGAGCAUUGGCAAGUCGCCGUUCUUUGACAGCAACAUUGAAAAGAUGUACCAAAAGAUCCAGAACGACCCGGUCAUGUUUCCGCCGACGCCCGAGACGUCGCGCGAGCUCCAAGAUUUGCUUCUCGGCCUCCUCCGGAAGGACCCGCACCAGCGCUACGGCAGCGCGAUCUCGGACAUCCUCCAGCACCCGUACUUUGCCGACAUCAACUGGGACAAGUUGCUCCAAAAGAAAUUGAGGCGCCGUGGAAGCCCCACCUCACGUCGACGCUGGACGUCAAGUAUGUCGAUUCCGAGUUUACCGAGCUCGACGUCUCGGAAGAGGUCAUGUCGCCAACGGACAAGGCGUCGAAAAACAUCCUCUUUGACAAGUUUGAGAGGAUAUUUGUGCCGCGGAGCCAGCGCAAGGCACCGGCGCCGGCGCAGGACCCUACGUUUAAGGACUUUACGUACUUUUGCGAGGACCCGAACGCGCUCGUCGCUGUCGAGUCGCUCGUCGACGAGCUCCACACAAAGGACACGGUCGCAAGCCGGCGCGGUGCCGACGCGAUCGUGAGCGACGACCUUCUCGACGACGGCAACGGCACGCCGCUCUCGUCGUUCAUCGCCAACGACCGCCCGGACCUCGGCGCGUCGCCCGACAUUUACCCGAUGGACCCGCAUCUGAACCCGCCAUACAACUCUACGAUGCCGGGCACGUCGAGUUCGCGCCGUCUCGAAGAGUUUCGACACCAAAGCAGCAAUGGAUCCGCCCUUUUGGGCACGCCACCCAAGCCCAUGGACCGGCUGCCGCCGCGCGCGACGUCGGUGCCGCUCCUCCCGCCCAAGCCGACACACCGCGCGUCGGACGUCAAGAAGCACGAGGACGCGGCCGACGUCGAGAUCUUUCGAAGGGCGCCGGUGACGCCGUCGGCGGCGGCGGCGUCGACGAACGCGGCAACGCCAGCGGCGACGCCGGUCUUUUUCCGCAACUCGUUUCGCAACUCGUUCCGGUCCGACCCGUCGGCGUAAGCACCGGUCCCCUCUUCUACUUACUACUUGUCUGCGAUAUAAUACAACUUCUUACUACACACCGACGAUAAC